GAAUCACGGUCUUGGCGGUAGCAUAACUGUUUGCGUACGCUCGAUUCUUUUGGAAUUGUAGCUACAAAUAUGGGCAAAAAUAUGGGCUUAUUGCAAAUGCAAAUGUAGUGAAGUGAUCAUAGCAAUAGUAACAGAUUAGUAUAAAAUGGGUAAAAUAAACAACUCUUUUCUAUGGGGUAUUUUGUUUGCAUCAGCAACAUGGAGUAUUUCUUUGUACCUGUAUUGGUUAUUGAAUUUGAGUGGUGAUAAUAUAGUAAACAAAGCAGACAAUAAGAUGUACUAUCAACUACCAAACUCUGAAGAGAAGAAUCGUAUAAAAAACAAUGAUAAAUCCAUUGCAGCAUUAGAGGGCAAAAGUCUACUUUCUGAUAUGCCACAAAGUAAUGACAAGUAUUCCGGCAACGUUUGGAAAUUCCAAAGGAGUUCAGACUACCAGCGCAAAAUGAUGUUGAAACAAAAAUUUUCCAAACAACUUAAUUUAAAUGAAGCUAUUAAUCCUGAUAAAAGACUAGAUGGACAAGUGGGACUUAUAAGGAACCCAGAAGAUGUUAGGUUGCGUGAAAAAGGUUAUAAUUUACAUGCCUUCAACACCCUUAUAUCCCAAAGGAUUGGCAAUCAUAGAAGUUUGCCAGAUACCAGAAAUAAAUUAUGUGGAAGCCAAAAAUAUCCAUCAAAACUGCCAAAAGCUUCUGUAAUUAUUUGCUUUUACAAUGAACACUUUGAAACUCUCAUGAGAUCUGUCUAUUCAAUAUUAGAUAGGACAGAUCAGCAAUUUGUUAAAGAAAUCAUAUUGGUUGAUGACUACAGUGACCUCAGUGGUCUCCAUGAACAAGUUUUCAAAGCAGUAAAUGAGUUGAACUACAGAAUGCGCAAGGAAGAGGAAAUGCUUGAGACUAACAACUUAGAUGACAAUGUUGUGGAGUACAUAAAUGAUGACAAUAAUAUUAUAGAUAAAAAGACUACAGACAAGUAUGAUAAGUUUUCUAAAGGAGGCUUUAGUAUAAGACUAUUGAGGACCUCUAAAAGAGAGGGACUUAUUCGAGCUAGGUUAUAUGGUGCUGCCAGCAGUGUGGGUGAUGUUUUAGUGUUCCUGGAUUCCCACAUAGAGGUGAAUGUGGACUGGCUGAGUCCGUUAUUGGCUCGCCUGGCUGAAGGCCUGGACGGCAAGGAGCGCUACUCCCAGAGAGCCGUGAUGCCAAUCAUCGACAUCAUCAAUGCCGACACCUUCGACUACACUUCCAGCCCGCUUGUCAGGGGUGGCUUCAAUUGGGGACUCCAUUUCAAAUGGGAUAACCUGCCUAAAGGGACUCUUAAGAAUGACGAGGAUUUCGUAAAGCCUAUCAAAUCGCCGACGAUGGCCGGAGGUCUCUUCGCGAUCUAUCGCGAAUACUUCAACUAUAUCGGCAAAUAUGAUGCGGGAAUGAACGUGUGGGGCGGCGAGAAUCUCGAGAUUUCAUUUAGGAUAUGGAUGUGUGGAGGGACCUUGGAGCUGAUCCCUUGCAGCCGCGUUGGCCACGUGUUCCGCAAAAGACGACCUUAUGGCCUGGGCGAGAAGGAGGACUACAUGCUCAAGAACUCCAUGAGAAUGGCACAUGUUUGGAUGGACGAAUAUGUCAAAAAGGUGAUAGAUCAAAAUCCGUCGGCAGCCCACCUGGAUAUUGGCGACGUGUCUAGUCGGACGGCACUGCGCAAGAGUCUUCAAUGUCAAUCGUUCAAGUGGUACUUGGACAACAUUUACCCCGAGUUGGAGAUGGGAGAGGAUUCGGUGGCCAAGAAGAGGCUGGCUGCUUUGAAUGACCACGACAAGAAUAAGUUCCAGCCUUGGCAUUCGAGGAAAAGAAAUUACACAGAUUCUUAUCAAAUAAGGUUGAAGAACACCACAUUAUGCAUUCAAAGUGCGAAAGAUAUAAAAAGCAAGGGCAGUGGGCUUGUGCUCGCCAACUGUAUCCGGACAUUGAACCAGAUGUGGUUUGAGACAUCGCGGCACGAGCUGGUGUUAGGCCGCACGCUGUGUCUGGACGCUGCUAACAACAUGACGCCAUCUCUCGGGAAGUGUCACGAACUCGGCGGCUCCCAGGAGUGGAUGCACGAUGGAUAUGCUGGCAGUCCUGUGUACAACACGGCUGCGGGCAUGUGUCUCGGCGUCGAGCGUAGUUUCCGCGGGGAGCCCCUCGUCAUGGUCAUCUGCGACAACCAACCCAACCACCAAUGGGAUUUCAUCAGGUCCUAGGUAUCAACGACCUAAUGACUCCGCUCCUUUGCACUGCGCUCCGUCACGUGGUUCCCCGAAGAAUAACAAAUUGUGUGAAGUUUUGACGUGCGUCAUUGUCAAAACGUGCUGACCUAUAACGUGCUGCGUCGUCGCAACGGAUCACGACCG